AUGGAACAAGUGUGGGACACACCGGCCCCACAGAAAGCAAGAUUAGUCACCUGGAGAAUUCUGAGGAAAAGACUCCCAACGUGCGACAACCUUAGAAGAAGGAACAUCCACCUCGGAGAAGAAGAGAGCAUGUGUAAUGCAUGUUGCCAUAAAGCCGAGACUAUUAAUCACUUGUUCCUGGAAUGCCCAAAGACGACGGCGCUCUGGAAUGGUAUUUUGAACUGGCUGGGGAUCAAUGGCCCUUGGCCAAGUGAUGUCGAAGAACACUUCAAAGCUUUCGUCAACAUGGGGAAGUCUAAGAGCCGAAAAUUUCUUGCAGCACUUUUGAUGUGCGUUAUCUGGAUACUGUGGAAGAGCCGGAAUGAUAGCCGAUUCGAGGGGAAACCAUGGGAUAUUCAGAGUGUGUUACGCGAUAUCAAAGUUAGACUGUGGAGUUGGAACAAGAUUUUUAACCUUUCCAAUUACGAGCUCAGUUUUUCCGCUUGGAUGACUGAGAAGGUGACUUGUGCUUUUUUGUAA